GAAAAUAAACCGCGGGUUACACAAGUGACAUUUUUUUCCCUUCCGGGGGAUUUCCAGGGUAGGUAAGGACACGGGGAAGGGGAAGUCAAUACGAUAGCAUAUUGCUAUUUCUUCUGAAAAGCAUUUAAUUAACGACUAAAUUCAAUUUUUAAAAAGCGCUUUUGAUGGACACCGUUCUUCACUGUUCAAAACCACGAAACCAUUCAAGGCCGUUCCCGUUUUGGAUGACAUCAACGCAAUAGGACUUUAAACUGUACUGUACAUUCUGCAAACCUUAUUCAGGAAACGGGCUCCCGUCGCGCCGCUCCCUUCAAACCAGCCAAUCAACAACGUCGUUUCCAGAUCCCUCGCGUAGCGUAGGACAACAACAUGGCCGCCGAAGGUGUGCUCUUUCAAUAUACGAUCCUUUUUAGUUUAGCCACCUUUUGCUCCCUAGCGAAUGAACCGAUCCGUGAACACGACGAAAUGAUCCGUCACAUUGUACUCGAGCCAUCCCACGUAGUAAAAAGACGCAGUAUUGACCAGCCAUUGCGGAUUUCACUGGAUUUUCUCGACAUCAACAAGUUAGAAAAUCCGACGAUCGUUAAGGAUAUUUUACGUGAAGCACAAGAGUACUUCAGAAAAACUUUGAAAGUCCGAAAGACAACAUCCAAGAUUCUUCUUCAAAGAAGUUGUUCUAACAAAUCUUUCUUCACGAGAAGCGCCGACGGAAAACGUCCUGGUAACGUUCGAUUUUGCCAUGAGGCGUGCAACUCUUCUAGAACCUUAUGUGGGCCGAUUGAUAUUCCAGAACACGAUUUAGAUCAGUGUAGAAUAUGUGAUCAAAAUGGCCAAAAUUGUCAGAACGACACACGUCCAGGUUUUACUGCCGGUGAAGGGCACAACGACACGGAUUUUAUACUUUACGUGACAGCAGUUGCCGAUAGUAAUUGCAACAGCAUAACAACACUAGCUUAUGGUUCUGCUUGCCAACAAGAAAGCGCCUUAGAUCGACCAGUUGUGGGAUUUAUCAACAUAUGCCCAGGAAAGGUCACCGCAGAUGAGCUUAGAACUAGCUACAGUGAGGUACUUGCCACGAUAAAACAUGAAAUAUUUCACGCUCUUGGGUUCGCACCAUCACUGUAUGCCUUUUACCGGAGUCAGAAUGGAGAUCCGCUGACUCCACGAUCGAGUAAUGGACUACCAACAACAGAUGAACGUGUUCUAAAACACUAUAAAUGGAGCAAAGAGGACAACAACAUGGCCGCCGAAGGUGUGCUCUUUCAAUAUACGAUCCUUUUUAGUUUAGCCACCUUUUGCUCCCUAGCGAAUGAACCGAUCCGUGAACACGACGAAAUGAUCCGUCACAUUGUACUCGAGCCAUCCCACGUAGUAAAAAGACGCAGUAUUGACCAGCCAUUGCGGAUUUCACUGGAUUUUCUCGACAUCAACAAGUUAGAAAAUCCGACGAUCGUUAAGGAUAUUUUACGUGAAGCACAAGAGUACUUCAGAAAAACUUUGAAAGUCCGAAAGACAACAUCCAAGAUUCUUCUUCAAAGAAGUUGUUCUAACAAAUCUUUCUUCACGAGAAGCGCCGACGGAAAACGUCCUGGUAACGUUCGAUUUUGCCAUGAGGCGUGCAACUCUUCUAGAACCUUAUGUGGGCCGAUUGAUAUUCCAGAACACGAUUUAGAUCAGUGUAGAAUAUGUGAUCAAAAUGGCCAAAAUUGUCAGAACGACACACGUCCAGGUUUUACUGCCGGUGAAGGGCACAACGACACGGAUUUUAUACUUUACGUGACAGCAGUUGCCGAUAGUAAUUGCAACAGCAUAACAACACUAGCUUAUGGUUCUGCUUGCCAACAAGAAAGCGCCUUAGAUCGACCAGUUGUGGGAUUUAUCAACAUAUGCCCAGGAAAGGUCACCGCAGAUGAGCUUAGAACUAGCUACAGUGAGGUACUUGCCACGAUAAAACAUGAAAUAUUUCACGCUCUUGGGUUCGCACCAUCACUGUAUGCCUUUUACCGGAUUCAGAAUGGAGAUCCGCUGACUCCACGAUCGAGUAAUGGACUACCAACAACAGAUGAACGUGUUCUAAAACACUAUAAAUGGAGCAAAGAGACUGCAAAGGAAGUGACUAGGACUGACUGGUUAACACGGACUGGUGCUGUGCGCCACAAUGUUCACAUAAUGGUCACACCAAGAGUCAAGGAAGAAGCAAGGAAACAUUUUAACUGCUCAACAUUAGAAGGAGCUGAACUUGAAAAUCAGGGCGGUGAAGGGACUGCAUUGGCACACUGGGAAAAACGCCUGUUCGGAAAUGAAGGAAUGACUGGCGUCUUCACUCAAAACUCUGCAUUCUCUAGGCUGACGUUAGCACUGAUGGAAGACACAGGCUGGUACAAAGUAGACUAUAAUAUGGCAGAGCCAUUGCAGUGGGGGAAAAACUUGGGGUGUAUGUUUGCUAAAAAUAGCUGUGGAGCUUGGAUGAAGGCACAAAAAGAUGCAGGAAAAACCGUGGCUCCAUUCUGCAAUAACGUCAAGAAAAACAGUAAUUCCAAGACUAGUUGUACAGUUGACAAGACAUCUGUUGCAAGCUGCAACUUAGUCGAGUAUGAACAACAGCUGCCUGGUGAUUUUCAAAAUUUUGUCGCCAGUUCUAUUCCAGGAGUCGCUGGAUCAGAAGAGAAUUAUGGUGGAUCCGUAGCUUUGGCAGAUUACUGUCCAUAUUAUCAAGCUUUCACGUGGACUAAACAAGGCAAAGAUGUUAGAACUUCUUCUUGCAUCUCGUAUCACAACAAUCUGGAGCAAGACAAAAACUAUGCUUUGGAAUCGUAUGGGACUAACUCACGAUGUUUUGAACAAUUGGGAAAGUGGACUAGGCAGAAUUGUGGUGUGCGCUGGACAGCAACAAACUGGGGAAGUGGUUGUUACAAAUAUUUAUGUGAGCCGGACUCACUAAAGAUUGAAAUUGUAGGCUAUAAAUUCAAGUGUUUUUACAAAGGGCAGCAUAUCAAUAUUUCUGUACAAGAUAAUGACUGGGAAUAUCAUGGAGAGUUAAUAUGUCCUUCUUGUCAAGAGGUGUGUCAUGAUGACAUAUUUAUUUGUCCCACGGAAGUAAAACCUGCCCCCCAAAAUUCUCAACCAGUACCUAAACUUUCUCCCGCAGCCUGCUCUCAAUGUUCUAUACUGUUCCAACAGGUUUUGGGUCUUGAAAUGCUUCUAAUAUUGGUUUACAAUGCUUACUUCAGGCUGCAAUUUUAAUGGGUGUUUUAUCCAAGCUACAAAUUUACAGUAUCUACUCUGAACUUUUUUUAUAUGUCUGUAUUUAAUAUUUUAUACUCAUCUGAAAAGAGGUUUCAAAACAUGGCUCAAAAUUGUUUUAUGUAAUAUUUUAGAGUCAAGUACUACCCUGGCUACAAAAUAUGUAUUUAACAAGGGAAAACAGAACAGCUCUACUCACAGUUCAUUGUUUUCUAGCAUGACCAUUAUUAAAAAAAAUGAUCUAAUUUUGACAGUACGCCAUUUCUGAGUUGCCUUUUACCUCUGUCUCAAAACAA